UCGCUGAGUGUGUUAGCUGCCUGGGUUGUUGUGACACUGAGGGAAAGUGACGAACUUCCUGGCACUCCUCUCACAACAAUCAAAGAAAGAAUCUCGCAAUUAUUGUUGUGUUCUGCUUCCGGGUUUACUACUUGCAAGUAUGGCAAGGAGGAGGGACUACUCGUACAUAAGCCCAUGUAUUAAGUGGACUUUAUUCUUUUUCAACUUUAUAUUCUGGUUAUUUGGGAUGCUCAUCAUAGCUAUUGGUCUCUAUGGUGUUGUGUUCACAGCUCAGGAUUUGAAUGGACUUAAGUCUGUGCAGAUUGCAUACAUUGUCAUCACAGAUCUCUCAGGGGUUAUGGUCGCACUUGGCAGUAUUAUCUUCAUAGUGUCUUUUGCUGGCUGUGUUGGAGCUCUCAGAGAAAAUCUCUGUUUACUGAAACUUUACUUCUGGUGCUUGACCAUCUUCCUGAUUGCUGAACUGUUGUUUGCCAUUGCCUGCAUUAUUUUUCCAUGGAAAUCAAGGGAAAUUAUUGAAAGUGUUUUGUCCAAGCGCCUGAUAGUAGAUUACGAAGAAACUGCAAACACAAAGAACUUUGUGGAUUAUCUUCAGCGAGAGGUAUGGUACUGUUUUGAAGGAAGAUGUAAAUAUGAAGUUAUUAACCAGGGGUGUAUAUGUGAUACAGCAAUUGCUUUAACUCUCAUGGAUAGUAUGUGUGGCUUUGAUAUGCAAUCCAAAAAGCCCCAUGAGGCAUCAGAUACGAUAUACACAGGAAGUUGUGUGACUUCCAUUAUCCAGUUCUUGGAAUCUAACCUCUACUGGGCAGCAGGAGUCAUAUUCGGUAUCACACUGUUUCAGAUGUAUGUGACUCACCAAGCUCGAUCUUUGAUGGAUCAGAUCUCCUUGCAGCGCUCUAGAUGGAGUGCUUAUUCUCGUCUGGCAACAAACAAGAUGAUGGUUUAUAGGGAUUAUUGGUAGUAUUAGGAAAGACUGACUAGAAGUCAGCAAGAAAAAAGUACUACAUUAUUCAAGCCUAAUGAAGCAUGUGGUACAACAUACAAAGAAUGCAGAUUCAGUGCUCCUGGUCUAUCCUCGUAGAAAAGAUUUCUGAUACGUGGGAUAAAAUUUGUCAUUCUUUUCUGUAUAUUUUCCAGAACAAUUAUGUCCAUUCUAAAAUAUGGUGAGCAGAACUGUGC